CCUCCUCCCCGCUCUCCCUCGCGCUCUGGGCUCCGCUCCUCUCUGCCGCUCUCCCUCUCCUCGGGCGGAGUCGCCCACCGCUGCCAGCCCCGUGUAGGGGGAACCGUUCCAGGCUGCAGCCGCAGGACCCCGGCAGCCCUCAUGGCAGCCUUGGCCUUGGUGGGGGCCGCGCUCCUCCUGGGGGCUCCCCCAUGCUCAGGGGCAGCCACCCCAACCCCCUCCCUGCCGCCUCCGCCGGCCAAUGACAGCGACACCAGCACAGGGGGCUGCCAGGGCUCCUACCGCUGCCAGCCGGGGGUGCUGCUGCCCGUGUGGGAGCCGGACGACCCAUCGCUGGGGGACAAGGCAGCACGCGCUGUGGUGUACUUCGUGGCCAUGGUCUACAUGUUCCUGGGCGUGUCCAUCAUCGCUGACCGCUUCAUGGCGUCCAUCGAGGUCAUCACGUCCAAGGAGAAGGAGAUCACCAUCACCAAGGCCAACGGCGAGACCAGUGUGGGCACCGUUCGCAUCUGGAACGAGACUGUGUCCAACCUCACACUCAUGGCCCUGGGCUCCUCGGCGCCCGAGAUCCUGCUGUCCGUGAUCGAGGUCUGCGGCCACAACUUCCAGGCAGGCGAGCUGGGCCCAGGCACCAUCGUGGGCAGCGCCGCCUUCAACAUGUUCGUGGUCAUUGCCGUCUGUGUCUACGUCAUCCCUGCAGGCGAGAGCCGUAAGAUCAAGCACCUGAGGGUCUUCUUCGUCACCGCCUCUUGGAGUAUCUUCGCCUAUGUCUGGCUUUAUCUCAUCCUUGCUGUGUUCUCCCCAGGUGUGGUCCAGGUGUGGGAAGCGCUGCUGACCCUCAUCUUCUUCCCGGUGUGCGUGGUGUUUGCCUGGAUGGCGGACAAGCGGCUGCUCUUCUACAAGUACGUAUACAAGCGCUACCGCACCGACCCGCGCAGCGGCAUCAUCAUCGGCGCUGAGGGCGACCCACCCAAGAGCAUUGAGCUGGACGGCACGUUCGUGGGCGCCGAGGUGCCGGGGGAGCUGGAGGGCGCGGGCGAGGACGAGGACGACGGCGCCAGCCGCAUCUUCUUCGAGCCCAGCCUGUACCACUGCCUGGAGAACUGCGGCUCCGUGCUGCUGUCCGUCACCUGCCAGGGCGGCGAGGGCAACAGCACCUUCUACGUGGACUACCGCACGGAGGACGGCUCGGCCAAGGCGGGCUCCGACUACGAGUACAGCGAGGGCACGCUGGUGUUCAAGCCGGGCGAGACAGGGAGACCGGCCCUGGAGACGGGGCGGAGCCACACUGAGCCUGACCGGAGAAAUAGGAGCUUGACUGGGCGAAGGCGCCGGCUGCGGGAAUGGGGCGGGGUCUGGUGGGGCGGUGACCCUGAAUCGAAGCGGAAAACGCUCCAGGUGAAGAUCGUGGACGACGAGGAGUACGAGAAAAAGGAUAACUUCUUCAUCGAGCUAGGCCAGCCCCAGUGGCUUAAGCGAGGGAUUUCAGCUCUGCUGCUUAACCAAGGAGAUGGAGACCGGAAGCUCUCGGCGGAGGAGGAGGAGGCCCGCAGGAUAGCAGAGAUGGGCAAGCCGGUCCUCGGGGAGAACUGUCGGCUGGAGGUCAUCAUCGAGGAGUCCUAUGAUUUUAAGAACACAGUGGAUAAACUCAUCAAGAAAACAAACUUGGCCUUGGUGAUCGGAACCCAUUCCUGGAGGGAGCAGUUUUUAGAAGCAGUGACAGUGAGUGCAGGGGACGAGGAGGAGGAAGAGGACGGGUCCCGGGAGGAGCGGCUGCCUUCCUGCUUUGACUACGUGAUGCACUUCCUGACCGUGUUCUGGAAGGUGCUGUUUGCCUGCGUGCCCCCCACCGAGUACUGCCACGGCUGGGCCUGCUUUGGCGUCUGCAUCCUGGUCAUCGGCCUUCUCACUGCCCUCAUCGGGGACCUGGCCUCCCACUUUGGGUGCACCGUGGGCCUCAAGGACUCUGUCAAUGCUGUUGUCUUCGUGGCACUGGGCACCUCCAUCCCCGACACGUUCGCCAGCAAGGUGGCGGCGCUGCAGGACCAAUGUGCGGACGCGUCCAUCGGCAACGUGACGGGCUCCAACGCGGUGAAUGUGUUCCUGGGGCUGGGCGUGGCC